AUGUCAUCGGCCUCAGCACCAUCCAGCGCGGCCUGGACGGCCUUCACCACCGCGAUGGCUACAUUCAGGGCUGGGCUGGAUGACGAGGGGCGGUACCAGGAAAUCCUGUCGACAACCUCGAUCGACCAGGUCUACGAUUUGACGGACAAGCUCCAGCGCACCCAACGUGCUCACCUAACGAACCUAGCCAGGAUUGAGCCAUACUUGGAAGGCAUGAGGGCGUAUACUAGAGCCAUCGACACCUUUGUCUCAGCCAAGCCUGAGAUUCUUGCCCUCAUUUGGGGCCCAAUCAAACUGCUCAUUGAAUUGACAAGCACGCUGACCAGGUCUCUUGACGAGCUAGCCAAGACGCUUGAGAAGAUUGGCGGUUUGCUCCCAGAACUGGAUCAUGCGGCGAGGCUCUUCGGACACAAAGACCAUGUCAACCAGGUGUUGGCCACCCUGUUCCACGACAUCUUGCAGUUUUACCUGGUAGCUCUCAAGUUUUUCAGCAUGAGAAAAUGGAAGACGCUCUUUGAAGCUUUCUGGCCGAUGAAAAGAAUCGAACUCAACGAGAUCAUAGACAAAAUGAAGAGGCAUACAGCCGACUUGCGCAACGAGAUUCGCAUGGAAGACAUCCAAUCGACACAUCAAACUCGACGAACUCUUGAAUACUCCACUCUACAGACAGACUUACACCCGCUUUUCUAUGACAAGAAGCUCCAGAGCCUGCUAGGAAAUGUUUGCCCAGGGACUGCGAACUGGCUACUCAACGACCCGGAUGUCGUAAAGUGGAUGGAGGCCACCGGGGAUUCUUCCAAAGUUAUUUGGCUCCACGGAUUGCCCGGAGCCGGGAAAUCCCAUCUCUCUGCCUGCGUCAUUGAAGCCUCAAUAUCGCGUUGUCGCACGGCGUUUGUGCUCCUCUCGCACGACAUCCCUGACACAUCUGAGCUUUCGGUGAUGCAUUCGCUUAUCUUUCAGCUCGCCCGAGGGGACCCAAAUCUUCAGGAUAUGGUUCUGGCUGCCAAUCUAGAUUCUCUCCGGAUUGACCGCUCUGCGGCUGUUACGCUCCUCGUCAACAUGGUCAACUUGCUAGAUAACGCUAGAAUCAUUGUUGAUGGGUUGGACGAGAUAGAUAAUCGUGUGGCAGAUAGGCUACUGAAUUGCCUACUUGAGAUUUCGAACAAUUGCGAAGGAGCCCGAGUGCUGAUCUCCAGCAGGCCGGAGACGCAGAUCAAGCUCGUGCUCGACUCGGUAUCCAAGCCUAUCCGAGCAGAUUCUCACAACACCUCGAGCAUAGAUUUGUUUGUCAAACAGCGAUUUGCUGAAUGGCUCCAUCACCGCACCUUUAGCACUGAAGAGCUGGACGAGAUCUACCAGUUGAGGGACCGCAUUGCGGUGGGUGCCAAGGGAAUGUUCCUUUACGCUCAUCUCAUUCUAAGAAGUCUGGAUUUUCUUCACUCCAUUGACGAGAUACGGCGGGAUCUCACGGUCCUCCCGAGUGAUCUCAACCAAGCCUACGAGAGAAUUUGGAGGCGAAUUAACGAACAUCUUCCUACUAAUACCGUGCGUGAAAAAGCUCGCCAGAUACUGGGUUGGGUUGGUUGUUCGCCUGUACCGCUCACGAUCCGGGAGCUCGAACAAGCCCUCCUGAUCAACCCAGCCGAUAUUGAACAGCGUCCCACUGGAAUGUCAGGGAUGACCGUUUUGGAUAUUGUUCGAAUUUGUGGCCCGGUUGUGGAAGAUGCCAAUGAUGAGCUUCACUUUGUACAUUUCACCGCGAAGCAAUAUUUCUUCAGCAAAGAUAUCAAAGAGUCUUUGGAUGCUUCUCGCUACACCCUCAAACUCACAAUUUGCUGCAUCGAUUAUCUCUGCCAGACUCAUCAUGAUUGCGAUAUUGAUGAAACCCAAUUCCAGCAGAAUGUCGUUGACGGCGUCUAUCGUUUUCACCACUACGCUUCCAGCAUGUGGGCGAAACUUGUCGAGUCAUACUUCAAGUUGACCGGUGAUGCCGGAGAUCCAGACAGGCUAGGGCGGCUCGUCCAACGUCUUGAGGUUCUCAGAGCCUUCAGGGGCAAUGACAACUUCUGUGCGUUGGAUCGACAAUAUAACAACGAAGCCCUAGCACAUCUCUCUCAGCAGGGCACUGUCGACGCCUACAAGCUGGUACUUGGCGAGCUUCAAUUGCAAGACGCGGCUGCAACUCGGCUAUUUGAGUUAGGGGAGAGCAAGCGUGGUGAUUGGCGACAGGCCGACCCCCUCGAAAUAAGACACAUAACACAUUCACUGCAUGCUUCCCUAGAACGACGUAUCUGUCCGCCCUCCGGUCACCGGUCGUCGUGUCACUGCCAGGACCUUAUUCGUCACUACGGCCCACGGGUAUUCAAGUGCGCAUUCAUUGGCUGCGAAUACCAGCGCCUCGGCUUUGAAACAGUACGCGAUCGAGACAGCCACACGAAGACCCAUGAUCGCCCGUGGACCUGCGAUGUAGCUGGCUGCGAGUACUCCGAAGAGGGAUUUGUCUCGCGCCAGAUGCGAGACCGACACCUCGACACCGCUCACCGACCCGGAAUUCACAAAACUUCAAGGGAAAUCCAGGGGACCACUGCCGAGGACAGCGAGAAGGUGGCACUGCUGAAGGCCCUCAUCAAGAAGAAUAAAUUGGGAGAGAGCAUCUUACAAACGAUAAAGUUCGGCAAGCUCACCGUCAAAACGACUCGGACAUUUACUGUCCUCGAGACUCUUCUCUCGCUCGGAGUCAACCUUUUACCAUUUGCACUGGACGCACUCAACUAUCAUUUCCUUGAAUGGUUUAAGCUGAAAACACAAGGGCAGUUGAGAUACUUCGAAUUGCAGUUGCUACUGGUUAAUUCGUAUCUACCGGCCGCAGAAGCUGCCUGGCGCGCCCUAGUGCGGUGUGGGGAAUCACCGACAAUCAUCCAGCAGUACUUAGGAGAGACAUUUGUGUCUUUCCUCGGAUACAACUCCGACUUGUACGGACAACACGGCGACAGAUAUUGGCCGGGUUGGGCCAGGGGUUUCCACAUGAGAAUCCUCAGGCAAACCAGAGACAACCCUACAGCGGAACAUCUGUUGCUCUCAGUUUGGGACUAUGUGGAUAAGCACAAUUAUCAGAGUGAGACUUCAAAAGCCCACUGGAGUCUACUACUCUGUGAUGUAGCGAGAACCACCUGCUCAACUACCUUGGCUGACUGGUUAUUUGAGCACGGGGCCGAUGUCAACGGCGACAGAGGCCUAGGGGCACCAAGAGUUUUCUACUACCGACGAGGACCACCUCUGAUUGCCGCGGCUCGGAAAGACACGGCCCGGAGUGCUCGAUUCCUACAGUGGUUGCUACACCAUGGCGCUAAUCCUUCCUUGCUCCCCGUACGCGGGCUGCCGAUUUCAUCUCUCAAGGGGCCUACGGGAAUCAGCAAGUGGCUGGGCAUCUCCUGGGAGGAACUGGUCGAGGCAACAGCAGAGGUGAGAAAGAAGAACGAGUCCGUCCUCUUCUGGGAAGAAGGGGAACCCAAGAUCCCUCCUACAGGUACGAACCCACCCGGCAAUUCUCUGACACAGGACGGCAGCCCUGGCAAAAUGGGAACAAAAAAGAUCGGGUCUGGUACAGCUAACAGUUGA